AUAUUUCAAAGGGCAAUGGAAAUUCGUAAAUGUUUUAGACAUCAGCUUGGUUUGGCAUACACAUAGCAGCUAUUUGCAUAAGGCAUGUUCCUUAUGGAGAGAACUAGUUCCAAUAACUCUUUAUUCUCACUUUCUUUUCUCUACCAUAACAAAACAUAUUUGUCAUUCACCCCCAUAAACCUUCCCCUUUGACAGGAACAACACUCUCCUCCCACGCCUUUCCCUUCAAAGGAAGUACAGUGAUGGCUGAAAGAAACCUGAGUGUGGAGACAACCUUUGCCCUCUUGGGAUUCACAGAUUACCCAGAGCUUCAGAUUCCUCUUUUCCUUGUGUUUCUGAUCAUGUACAGUGUCACCGUGGUAGGGAAUCUUGGGAUGAUAGUGAUCAUCAAGCUUAACCCCAAAUUUCACACCCCCAUGUACUUUUUCCUUAGUCACCUUUCUUUUGUUGAUUUUUGUUACUCCUCUAUCAUUACUCCAAAGCUGCUUGAAAACUUGGUCAUGGCAGAUAAAAGCAUCUUCUACUUUAGCUGUAUGCUCCAGUUCUCCCUGUCCUGCACUGCAGUGGUGACUGAGUCCUUUCUGCUGACAGUGAUGGCCUAUGACCGCUUUGUGGCCAUCUGCAAUCCUCUGCUCUAUACAGUGGUCAUGUCACAAAGACUCUGUACCCUGCUGGUGGCUGGCUCAUAUCUGUGGGGAAUGUUUGUCUCCUUGGUACUCCUUUGCUAUGCUCUCCUUCUAGACUUCUCUGGACACAAUGUAAUCAACCACUUUUUCUGUGAGUAUACUGCUCUCAUAGCUGUCUCUAGGUCUGAUAUACGCAUUCCUCACCUUCUGCUUUUUGGGUUUGCCACCUUCAAUGAGGUGAGUACACUACUAAUCAUUCUCACUUCAUACGUUUUUAUUUUUGUGACUCUACUAAAAAUCCGAUCUGCCAGUGGACGUCGCAAAGCCUUCUCCACCUGUGCCUCCCACCUGACUGCCAUCACCAUCUUUCACGGGACCAUCCUUUCCCUCUACUGUGUGCCUAACUCCAAAAACUCUCGGCAGACAGUCAAAGUGGCCUCUGUAUUCUACACAGUGGUCAACCCCAUGCUGAACCCCCUCAUCUACAGCCUGAGGAACAAAGAUGUGAAAGAUGCCUUAUGGAAGUUAAUAGGUGCAAAAGCCCUAUUUCACUGA